GAGAGAGAUUAAAGAAUGAAAAAGUGAAAAAGCAGAGCGGCAACCAUCGUCUCUCUCCAUGUGCCUUGGACCAUUUCCUCUUUCACGUACUAGGGUUUAAGCUCUCCAUCUUCUCUCAUUCAUCUUUGGGGAAAUUGGGUUGUUGUUUUCUUGAGUGUUCUUGUUGGAUUGAGAUCUGUACUGUAGAGAUAAGGCAACGGAUCUUUUGGGGUUUUCAAGAACUAAUUGUGCAAGUUGAAAGAGGUAAUUUCUUGUGUAACAUUCAGUUUCACUACUUGGGUGCUCGAAGAUCUGUGGUUGGUUUAAGUGAAGUUGGUGAAAAUCGAGUUCAAGUUGUGUUAAAAGGGUGAAUUUCAGGAUUUGUGUUUAGAUCGCGACAGGUUAGGUUACUUAUACAUCUGCAACAAGUUUGGUAAGAGGGUAUGUUUUUCUUUUGAAGUGGAGUAUUAUUGUGCAACUUUUCGUUGUUGAUUUCGAUUUGAUGCUGAAGUUGUCGGGAGAUUGAUCAAGAAGGAAGAACGAAGAGCACUAUAGCGAUAUUAUUUAGGGUCCCCUCCCUCCAUUAAUAAGUCAGCCAGUAGGACCUUGUGUUAAUGAUUAUUACUUUUCGGGCAGAUGGGCUAUCACCUUUUUGUGAUCCUUUUAGUUAUCUAAGAACUGAACUUGUUCUAUACUUCCAUUUUUAGUUACUUGCAUUCAAGGAUCGGCUUCUGCUAAUAAUGUCGACCGAUAGAGCUCCUCGCUUCAAGUCAAUUAAAUCGUUGCCAGUGGAUUAUAGGUUUAUGGGUUCAGCCGAAAAGUCUACAAGCAGUACUAGCAGUAUGAUCUCUGUUAGUAUACCCGAGAAUGGUAACACUGAUCAGAUUGUUGAUGAUGAUUCACCAUAUGGUCGCAGAUCAACUUUCUUCAUGAAUGAUAGACCUUCCAUGGAUGAUGAAGAUGUUAAUCCGUCGAUUUCUCCUCAAGGAUCUGUUCUUUCUUCAUGGGGUGAAACCAAAUGGGGCGAUACUGCCUCAUAUAUUGCUAAGAAGAAGCUUCAGUCAUGGUAUCAAUCCUCUGAUGGGAAUUGGGAGCUCGCCAAGAUUCUAUCUAUUUCAGGGAACGAGUCACUCAUCUCAUUUUCUGAAGGAAAAGUUUUAAAGGUGAAUUCUGACAGCCUAUUACCUGCAAACCCAGAAAUCCUUGAUGGUGUAGAUGAUCUCAUGCAACUAAGUUAUCUAAACGAACCAUCAGUCUUGUAUAAUCUUCAAUACAGAUAUGAUAGAGACAUGAUCUAUUCAAAGGCAGGACCAGUUUUAGUUGCCAUCAACCCUUUCAAGAAAAUUCCAUUGUAUGGGAGUGAUUAUAUUGAAGGGUAUAAGAGUAAAUCCAGAGACAGCCCUCAUGUAUAUGCCAUUGCUGAUACAGCUAUCAGGGAAAUGAUUAGAGAUGAAGUAAACCAAUCUAUUGUGAUAAGUGGUGAAAGUGGAGCUGGAAAAACUGAAACAGCAAAGAUAGCAAUGCAAUAUUUGGCUGCUCUUGGAGGUGGAAGUGGAAUAGAAUAUGAGAUACUCAAAACUAAUCCAAUUUUGGAGGCUUUUGGUAAUGCAAAAACAUCAAGAAACAACAACUCAAGUCGUUUUGGAAAAUUGAUUGAAAUUCACUUCAGUGAAACUGGAAAAAUAUCGGGUGCCAAGAUCCAAACAUUUCUGCUUGAAAAGUCAAGAGUUGUUCAAUGCACAGAGGGAGAAAGAUCAUAUCAUUCAUUUUAUCAGCUUUGUGCUGGAGCUCCACCUUCUCUUAGAGAGAAAUUAAACUUGAAGAGUGUUCAUGAAUACAAAUACUUACAGCAGAGCACUUGCUAUUCAAUUCAUGGGGUUGAUGAUGCUGAAGAAUUUCGUAUUGUAGUGGAAGCCCUGGAUGCGGUUCAUGUUAGCAAAGAGAAUCAAGAAAAUGCUUUUUCCAUGCUUGCAGCAGUGUUGUGGUUAGGAGAUGUGACAUUUUCAAUUGUUGAUAAUGAAAACCAUGUGGAACCUGUGAUUGAUGAAGCUCUGUUGAAUGUGGCUAAAUUAAUUGGUUGUGAGGCUGAUGAUUUAAAGCUUGCUUUAUCUACACGGAAAAUGAAAGUUGGUAAUGAUAAUAUUGUUCAAAAGCUAACCCUAGCCCAGGCGAUUGACACACGGGAUGCUUUGGCAAAAUCAAUAUAUUCUUGUUUGUUUGAUUGGUUGGUGGAACAAAUCAACAAAUCACUUGCUGUAGGCAAGCGUCGCACUGGAAGAUCUAUUAGCAUUCUUGAUAUAUAUGGAUUCGAAUCAUUCGAUGUAAAUAGUUUUGAACAGUUUUGCAUAAAUUAUGCAAACGAGCGAUUACAACAACAUUUCAAUCGCCAUUUAUUCAAGUUGGAACAGGAGGAAUACAUUCAAGAUGGGAUUGAUUGGGCAAAAGUGGAAUUUGAAGACAAUCAAGAUUGUCUCAACCUUUUUGAAAAGAAACCAUUGGGUCUAUUGACUUUAUUAGAUGAAGAGUCAACUUUCCCAAAUGGGACAGACAUGACAUUUGCAGCCAAACUAAAACAACAUUUGAAAUCCAAUUCAUGUUUUAGAGGAGAACGAGGCAAAGCAUUCACAGUUCAUCAUUAUGCAGGAGAGGUUAUGUAUGAUACAACCGGAUUUCUAGAAAAAAACCGUGACCUAUUACAUCUGGAUUCCAUUCAACUUUUGUCUUCUUGCACAUGUGAGCUUCCACAAGCAUUCGCCUCAAAUAUGCUCUCUUUAUCAGAAAAGCCUGUUCUUGGACCUUUACACAAAUCAGGUGGAGCAGAUUCCCAAAAGCUUAGUGUUGUCACAAAGUUUAAGGGACAACUUUUUCAAUUAAUGCAACGAUUAGAAAGCACCACACCCCAUUUCAUACGUUGCAUUAAACCAAACAACUCACAAUCCCCUGGGAUUUAUCAUCAAGGACUUGUGUUGCAACAGCUCAGAUGUUGUGGUGUUUUGGAAGUUGUUAGGAUUUCACGCUCUGGAUUCCCAACAAGAAUGACACAUCAGAAAUUUGCAAGAAGAUACGGGUUUCUUUUGCUCGAGCAUGUUGCAUUACAAGAUCCACUAAGUGUAUCGGUUGCCAUUCUUCACCAGUUUGAUAUUCUUCCUGAAAUGUAUCAAAUUGGUUACACAAAGUUGUUCUUUAGAACUGGACAGAUUGGAAAGCUCGAGGAUACAAGGAACCGAACUCUUAAUGGCAUAUUGCGUGUUCAAAGCUGCUUUAGAGGUCACAAAGCUCGUCAAUAUUUGAAGGAACUUAAACGAGGGAUUUUCACUCUUCAGUCAUAUGUUCGUGGUGAAAAAACCAGAAAGGAGUUUGUGUUCAAAUUAAUGAUGUCGCUUUUUUCAGUUAUACGAGGGUGGUUGGUUAGAAGAUGCUCAGGGGACAUUGCACUACUUCAAUUCGGUUCUGGAAAGGGCAAUGAGUCAGAUGAAGUGGUGGUGAAGUCAUCAUAUCUUGCUGAGUUACAGAGAAGAAUCCUUAAAGCAGAAGCCGGAUUAAGAGAAAAAGAAGAAGAAAACGAUAUUCUACACCAACGUCUGCAACAAUACGAAAGCAGGUGGUCAGAAUACGAGCUCAAAAUGAAAUCAAUGGAAGAAGUAUGGCAGAAACAAAUGCGUUCAUUACAAUCAAGCCUCUCAAUAGCUAAAAAGAGCCUUUCACUUGAUGAUAAUAAUACCACUUCUGAAAGGAAUUCUGAUGCUUCCAUCAAUAUAACAAAUGAUGACACAUGGGAUGGAAAUGGGAGUGCAAAUGGGAAUGCUAGAAGAAAUGGACAUGACAAUAUGAGACCAAUGAGUGCGGGUUUGAGUGUGAUAAGCAGACUGGCUGAAGAGUUUGAACAAAGGAGUCAAGUGUUUGGUGAUGAUGCUAAGUUUUUGGUUGAGGUGAAAUCAGGUCAAACGGAUGCUGCCAAUUUGAACCCGGAUCAUGAACUUAGGAGGCUGAAACAGAUGUUUGAAGGCUGGAAGAAGGAUUAUAGUGUGAGGUUGAGGGAGACAAAGGUCAUUUUGAAUAAGCUUGGACAUGAAGAUGGGGAUGGACAUGGUGAUAAGGGGAAAAAGAAAUGGUGGGGAAGGCUUAAUAGUACUUCACGGGUUAACUGAGUUUGUGUGUGUGUGUGUGUAUAGUGAGGUUUUGUGGUUCGAUUAUAUGAUUAUUGGUGGGUGGUUUGUUGUUCGCUUUAUUCAUAUAUCAUAUAAUUUUGUUGUCUUGUGUUUUGGAGUUUGAUGAUUGCGAACAUGCAUGCAGACUUUAUUGCGGGUGGGAAUGACCGACUUGAGUGAAUGAAUUAUGUUGAUCAUUCUUGGUAUUGAUUCGAUAUGUAUACUGAGGUUUAUCUCAGACAUGUUAUGCAACAAUUUGCAAAAACAAAGAUAUUAUUGUGAAAAAGCA